AUGACCAUUACCAUUACUAUUACCAUCAUUGUUACCAUGACCGUUUCCAUUACAGUUACUGAUACCAUUACCAUCACUGUUACUAUUACUAUUACUAUCAUGGUUACCGUUACCAUUACUGUUACUAUCACUGUAAUGGUUACCAUUACUGUUACUAUUACUGUCACUGUUAUAGUUACCAUUACUGUCACUAUUACGGUUACCGUUACCGUUACUGUUACUAUCACCGUUAUCGUUACCAUUACCGUUAUCAUUACCGUCACCAUAACCAUUAUCGUCACCUUUACCAUCACCAUUAUUGUGAUCGUUGCCAUGACCGUGACCUUUACCGUAACUAGUACCAUAACCGUCACCAUUGUCGUCACUAUUAGUGUUUCCAUUAUCGUCACCGACAUCAUCACUAUUAUUGUGACAAUUAUCAUUAUGGUUACGGUGACCGUUACAGUGAUCGUCACCAUAAUCGAUAUCGUCACUGUUACUGAUACAGUGACUGUCACCAUUACCAUUACCGUUAUUGUUUCCAUCACCGUUACCAUUACCAUCACCAUAAUCGUUAUCGUCAUUGUUACCAUCACCCUUACCAUCACUGUUACCAUCACCUUUAUCGUCACCGUUACUAUCACCGUCACUGUUACAAUUACCAUUAUUGUCUCCGUCACCGUUACGAUUACCGUUACCAUAACUAUAACCAUUAAAGUGACCGUUACUGUGACAGUUACGACUAUCAUCAUUGUUAUCGUUAUCGUUACCAUUACCAUUACCGUUACUGUUACUGUCACCAUUACCGUGAUCAUUAUCAUCUCUGUUAUCGUCACCAUUACUGUCACCGUUAUCAUCACUGCUACCAAUACUGUUUCCAUCACCAUCACCGUUACCGUCAUCAUCAUCGUUACCAUCACAGUCAUCGUUAUCGUCAACAUUACCGUGACCGUGACCGUGACCGUUACCGUUACCGUUACCUUCACCGUCACUGUUACCGUCAUCAUGACAAUUAUCUUCACCCUUACUGUUAUCGUCAUUGUUACUGUUACUGUCAUCAUUAUCAUCAAUGUUAUCAUUAACAUCACCGUUACCGUGACUAUUGUCAUUACCAUCACUGUUAUCGUUACCGUUAUGGUAAUCGUGACCAUUAUCAUCAGCAUUACCAUUUUCGUCACCAUUACAGUUACCGUUAAAGUUACCGUCACCGUUACCGUCAUCGUUACCUUCAUCGUUACUGUUACUAUCAUCGUUACUGUCACUAUUACCUUCAACGUCAUCGUUACCGUUUCCGUUACCUUUACCAUUAUCGUUACCAUUACUGUCACCGUUAUCAAUAUCAUCACCGUUAUCGUUAUCAUUACCGUUACCGUCCAUGAUACCGUUAUCUUCACCAUUUUCGUGACCGUUACCGUCAUCGUCAUCGUUACUAUUACCAUCACCGUUACCGUUACCGUCUCUUUUACCAUCACUGUUAUCGUUACCAUUAUUGUUUUUGUUAUUAUAACCAUCACCAUUACCGUUACUCUAACCGUUACCAUUAUCGUGAUCGUUACUGUAACCAUUACCAUCACCGUUACCGUUAUCGUAACCGUCACAAUUACCAUUACUCUGUCCGUCAUUGUUACCAUUGUCGUUGCCAUCACCCUAACCAUUAACGUCACUGUUACUGUCACGGUUACUGCUAUUGUCAUCGACACCAUCACCGUUACUAUUAUCUUUACAAUAACCGUCACCGUUAUUGUUACCGUCACCUUCACCGUUAUUGUUACAGUUACUAUUACCAUUAUCGUCACCCUAACCGUUAUCGUCACUAUAAACGUUACCGUUUCAAUUACUAUCAUUGUUACCGUUAGCGUCACCAUUUCUAUUAUCGUCAUCGUGACCAUCAUCAUGAUCGUCACUGUUAUCAUCUUCAUUAUCGUCACCGUUAACGUCACUGUGACUGUCACCAUCACCGUUACCAUCACCAUUACCGUUACAGUCAUCAUUAUUGUUACUGUCACCGUUACCAUUACCAUCAUCGUUAUCAUUACCCACACCGUUAUAGUUAUCAUUACCCUUACCAUUACUAUUACCAUCUUCGAUACUAUUAUCAUAACCGUUACUUUCACCGUCAUCAUAAUUGUUACCCUAACCAUUACUGUCAUCGUCAUCGUUACCAUUACCAUCACCAUUAUCGUCACCAUUACCAUUACUCUCAUCAUUACUAUGACUGUUACUGAUACAGUGACCGUUACCAUCACCAUUACCGUCAUAGUCACCAUUUCAGUUAUAGUCAUCAUCACCAUUACCGUUAUUGUUUCUAUUAUUAUUACCAUUACUCUAAUCCUUACCGUUAUCAUGAUUGUUAUCGUAACUUUUACCAUCACUGUUACCAUUACUGUCACCAUUACCAUCAUCGUUACCUUGAUCGUGACUGUGACCAUUACCGUAACAGUCACUAUUAUCGUCACUAUUACAGUUACCGUCACUAUAACUGUCACCAUCACCGUUACCAUUACCAUUAUCGUGACCAUAACCUUUACUGUAAUCGUUAUCGUAACCGUUACUAUAACCGUUAUUGUCACCAUCACUCUUACCGUCACUGUUACUGUUACCAUCUCCAUUUCCAUCACCUUUACCGUCUCUAUUACUGUCACCAUAACAAUUACCAUUAUCGUUAAUAUUAUCGUCACCGUUACCGUGACCAUUACCAUUACUGUUACCAUUACCGUUACAGUGACCAUAGCCCUUAGCACUACCGUUACUGCUUCUACCACCGUCACCAUAGCCGUUACAGUCACCGUCACCGUCACUGUUAUUAUCACCGUCACUAUUACAAUUACCAUUACUCUGACCGUCAUUGUUACCAUUACCAUUACCAUCACCAUAACCGUUAAUGUCACUAUUACUGUCACGGUUACCGUUACCGUCACCAGUACCAUCACCGUUACUAUUAUCGUUAUGAUAACCAUCACCGUCGUUGUUAUUGCUACCGUUAGCGUUAGCGUUACCGUCACCAUAACCGUUAUCGUGACCAUUACCGAGACAAUUAUCGUUACCGUCACUAUAAACGUUAUCGCUAUUGUUACUAUCAUCGUUAUUGGUAGCGUCACCAUUUCUAUUACCAUCAUUGUGACCAUCACUAUUAUAAUCUCCAUUAUCAUUAUCGUCACCGUUAACGUCACUGUGACCGUCACCAUCACUGUUAGCAUCACCGUUACUAUCACCGUUACCAUCACCGUUACCAUCACCAUUACCGUCACUAUUACCGUGACCGUGACCGUGAUUGUUACCAUCAUUGUUACCGUCAUCAUUAUCAUAACCGUUACCAUUACCUUUACCGUUAUCAUAACCGUUACUAUCACUCUUACUGUAACCGUUACCGUUAUCAUCAUCAUUACCGUUAUAAUUACCGACGACAUUAUCGUCACUGUUAUCGUGACUGUUACCGUCACCGUCACUGUUAUCAUUACAGUUAUCAUUAUCGUUAUCGUAGCCAUUAGUGUCACUAUUACAGUCACCGUUACCAUGACCUUCAACAUAAUCGUCACUGUUACCAUCAUCAUGACCAUUAUCAUCACCCUUUCCGUUGUGGUUACCGUCAUCGUCAUCGUCGCUGUUAUCAUCACUAUUAUCGUUACUAUGACUGUUAUCGCCACUGUUGCUGUUACCAUCACCGUUACUAUUACUGUCACCAUUACUAUUACUGUCACCAUUAUCAUCACUGUUACCAUUACCGUUAUGGUUAUCGUCACCAUUACUGUUACUGUUACCAUUACCAUCACCGUUACCGUUAUCGUCACCGUUACGAUUAUGGUUACUGUCCACGAUAUCGUUACCAUUACCGUUACCAUCCCCAUCACAGUCACCCUUCCCAUUACCGUUACAGUCACGAUCACCAUCACUGUCACCGUUACCCUUACUAUUACUGUUACCAUCACCGUAACCAUUACUGUCAUUGUUUCCGUCACCUUUAUCAUUCUAGUCACCAUUACCACCAUUGUCACUGCCACCAUUAUUUUUAUCGUCACCGUUAUCGUGAUUGUGACAAUUACCAUUACCAUUUUCAGAACCGUCACUAUUACCGUGACUGUGAUCGUUACCGUGACCAUUUCAGUCACUGUUAUAGUUAUCGUUGCCGUUACCAUUACCGUUAUUGUUACCAUCACUGUUACUGUGAUCGUUACCAUUACUCUCAUCAUUACUAUAACAGUUACCGAUACAGUGACCGUUACCGUCACCAUCACCGUCCCAGUUACCGUUACUGUUACCGUCACUGAUACCGUUACCGUUGCCGCUACUCUCAUCAUUACUAUGACUGUUAUUGAUAUAGUGACCGUUACCAUCACCAUUACCGUGACCGUGACCAUUACUGUCACUGUUACCGUUAUAGUCAUCGUCAUUGUCACCGUCAUAUUCACCGUUAUUGAUACCAUUACCGUUAUCAUGACCGUCACCGUAAUCGCCAUUACUGUCACCAUCACCAUCGUCAUUACCCUCGCUGUCACCAUCACCGUUAUCGUCAUUGUGAUAGUUGCCAUUACCGUCACAGUUACCGUCACUAUUACCAUUACCGUUAUCAUCACCGUUACCAUUACCGUCACCGUUACGGUUAUUGUCACCAUUAUCAUUACCAUCACCAUUACGGUUAUCGUCACCAUUACCAUUACCAUCCAUCAAAACUCCUCUCCUCUAGACCCAAUGCUGAAGUGGAAAGAUGAUGAGUCCAGAAUCGAAAAUCCUCUGGACGUGCUGGCUCAUAAGGAAUAUGGAGUGCCUCUGCUAUAUGUCGGGCUCCCAGAAUACCAUGGCAUCCAUCUAUGGUAA